AAACCCCGUUUACACGAAGCCCUUAAAGCGGUUUCAAACCGGUUCAAGAUCAAAGCGGUUUUAGUGUAAACACUUCAAUGCGCUUCCUAAUGCGACUUAUGUAAACCACCUCAAGUAGGUGGUUUGAAGUGUUUUAAGGCGGUUCCAACACCCGCCAAUAUCAACCGCGAACAGCUGCUAGUGCUUGUAGUUAUCACAAUGUCUUGGUCAAAUUCUGAGGUGAGAGCUCUGAUAGCUAUAUGGGGAGAAGAAGACAUACAAUCACAGCUAGAUGGAGCAGCAAGAAACAAGAGUAUUUUUGAAACUAUUUCUAAGAAAAUGCUUGAAGUAGGAUACUCCCGAGACUGGAAACAGUGCCGCUGUAAGAUAAAAAAUCUAAAGUCUAUCUACAAGAAAACAAAAGACCACAAUGGCAUUACAGGAAAUGGCAGGAAAACUUUCAAGUUUUACAAUCAUCUUGAUCAAAUCCUUGGCCACAGACCAGCUUCAGUACCAUCUAUAGUUGUUGAUACACAGGACAGUGGUGACGAUGAAAGUGAUAUUAUUGAACAUGAUCUUAAUGAAUCCGACUUCAAUAGUACUACUGCAGUGCCAGUGGAAAGUGCCACACAGGAAGAGCCUAUCAUAAACAAAGAAAAUGAAUCUCCAAAGCCAUCAAAGCCAGUUCAGCCAAAGAAAGUAAAGAAAACUAAAGGAGAAAGAUUCAUGGAAAAAGCUAUAGAGGGGUUUAUGAAGUAUCAGGCAGAAGCUGAAGAAAAGUUUAUGCAAAACGAAGAAGAUCGUUGGAAGAGAGAAGUUGAACUGGAAGAGAAAAGAAGAAGAGAAGAUCAAGAGCAUGAGAUUAGGCUCUUUCAGAUGCUGGGAGAAAUGCUACAACCGCCUACUGCCUCACCAUUUGACUAUGAAUACUAAUUAUUAUUAUUGACAGAGGAAGAGAGACUGGCGGAGAGAGACUAUUAUAAUAAAAAAUAAUUAUUACAUGUA